GGACAGCUCUCCUACAAAGCCAUGUUACUUUGGUCAGUAUGGAGUGUGAUAUUGUUCCUGACCCCGCUGGAGGCUGCAGAGGAGGCUGACGUCCGGGCAGGCUGCAGCACAGCUGUAAAUGACCUGGUGUAUAUUGUUGAUGGCUCAUGGAGUGUUGGGUUCUCUGACUUUGACACGGCCAAGCAGUGGCUAAUCAACAUCACAAGCCAGUUUGACAUCAGUUCCACCUACACACAGGUGGCUGUGAUCCAGUACAGUGACACACCUCGUCUGGAGAUUUCUCUGGGGAGACAUCAGGGUGGAGCAGAUCUCAUCCAGGCCAUACAGAGUAUCACCUACCUGGGAGGAAACACACAGACUGGAAGGGCCAUCAAGUUUGCUGUUGACCACGUCUUCCCUUCAUCGCAGCGGGUCAGCCGGGUCAAGAACCGCAUUGCUGUGGUGGUAACUGAUGGCAAAUCACAGGAUGAUGUGGUGGACGCCAGUAUGGAGGCACGAGCUCAGGGCAUUACAGUGUUUGCAGUUGGAGUUGGCAAUGAGAUCACCACUUCAGAGCUGGUAUCCAUUGCCAAUAAACCUUCAUCCACCUAUGUCCUGUAUGCUGAAGAUUACACUACUAUUGACCGUAUCCGCGACUCCAUGGAGCAGAAACUAUGUGAAGAGUCUGUAUGUCCGACACGAAUCCCGGUGGCAUCUCGUGAUGAGAAAGGCUUUGAGCUGAUGGUGGGCAUGAACAUUCAGAUGAAGACUAAGAAGAUCCCUGGCUCUCUGGUUUCUGAGGCAGCAUACGCCCUCACAGCCUCGACAGACAUUACUGAGAAUACCAGGGAGAUUUUCCCAGAAGGCCUCCCUCCAUCCUAUGUGUUUGUAGCCACCCUGCGUCUAAAGGGGCCUUCAAGCAUGCUGACCUUUGACCUUUGGAGGGUGUUGUCAAAGGAUACGGAGAUCCAGGCCGCAGUGACACUAAGUGGGAAGGACAAAACUGUCACCUUCACCACCACUAGUUUAACAGAAAAGGAGCAAAGAGUCAUCUUUACAGCCGGCUUCCAGACUCUUUAUGAUGGAAACUGGCAUCAGCUCAAACUUCUAGUGAGACCAAGCCAAGUCACCGGUUUCCUCGACGAUCAAGUGAUCCAGGAAAUCAUGUUGGAGCCAGUGGAGCCCAUAUUCAUCAAUGGGGAGACACAGGUGGCAAAGAGGAGAGGAACAGACAUCAGUGUGCCUGUGGAGCUUCAGAAGCUGCGUCUGUACUGUGAUCCUCAUCAGAGUGAGAGAGAAACAGCUUGUGAGAUCUACACUGUGGAUGAUGAGAGGUGUCCUCUGAAUCGAACAGCCACGGAGGAAGAGGAGGAAGACUGCAACUGUGUAGCUGGACCACAAGGGCAGCGUGGCCCGCCAGGACGCAUGGGUUUCCGAGGAGAGAAAGGAAGGGAAGGACCACCAGGACCUGAUGGUAAGCCUGGUAAAGACGGGAAUCCUGGGGAACCGGGCCCUCAUGGAUUACCAGGGUUGAAGGGUGAAGACGGUCCUGCAGGACUGAGAGGGGAGCCUGGUCUACAAGGUAACAAGGGAGACAUAGGGGAGCCAGGCUUACCGGGAAAACCAGGACCCCCAGGACCCAAGGGUUUUCCAGGUCAGAGAGGUGAACCAGGACCUCAGGGAGAAGUCGGUUCAGUGGGGGAGCCAGGAGUACCAGGCACCGGUGGAGUGGUGGGUCCACCAGGACCUCAGGGAGAGAAGGGAGAUCCUGGGUCGGCUGGAGCUCAAGGUGCACCGGGUGUCCAGGGACCUCCUGGUGAUGUCGGCCCAAAGGGACCUCUGGGAGAGACAGGGAUGCCUGGGCCACAGGGACUACCUGGAACAAAGGGAAUCCAGGGACCCCGGGGGCCGCCCGGAGAGAUCGGCCAAGAUGGUCCCAAGGGAAAGUGUGGAGAUCCUGGGGUUUCUGGUUCUCUUGGUCCACCAGGUCAGAAGGGCUCAACAGGGGAGCCAGGUUUUCCAGGGCUGCCAGGCGGCAUGGGAUUGCCGGGGUUCAAGGGUCAUAAGGGGGAGCGAGGAGAGGCUGGCUCUAAAGGAAACCAGGGGGAAAUGGGUAGAGAUGGAGACCCUGGGACGCCCGGUAUAUCUGGCGAAGUGGGACCCAGGGGAAGGAAAGGAGAGAAAGGUGUGACAGGUGACGAGGGCCUCAGGGGACCUGAAGGAAAGAAAGGUGAUAUGGGUCACAUGGGUGCUGUUGGUCCUAGGGGAUUUCCUGGCCAGGAUGGGUUGCCAGGCCAACCAGGCCAGCCAGGAUAUCCAGGGAAACCGGGCAAGCCUCCCUCAGACGAACAUCUUCUAAAGCUCUGCACUGAUGUUCUGCGUAACCAACUCCCAGCGCUGCUCCAGACUCUGGCCCCCCCAGCUAGGUGUGAACCCUGCCAGAGCGUGAAGGGACCCCCGGGCGAGCCAGGAGCACCGGGACCCAAAGGCUCCAUGGGAACUCCAGGUUACCCUGGCAGGAGUGGUGCUCCAGGUUAUCCAGGACCUCCUGGAAUGCAGGGUUCUGCAGGCCUCAAAGGUGACAUGGGACCACGAGGUCUGAAAGGCAGCAAAGGAGAAGGGUACCUUGGACCUCCGGGACCACCUGGACAGCCAGGAAUGCAGGGUCCUCGUGGCUUUGAUGGAAUCGGCCACCCGGGCAACCAGGGAAUUCCUGGAAAACCAGGACCACCGGGAGAUCCUGGUAAACGGGGGAACCCAGGACUUCCAGGGGUGUGUGAUGUUUCGAUGUGCUAUCAGACCUACAACCUCAGGGAACAUUACAGCAAAGGACCUAACGUUUGAUGACACAGCAGCGUGGGCAGAGGCUGCUUUUGAUUCAAACACUCAAGGUGUUUCGAGGGGAGUUUUGAGGAGGAGAUUUACUGUAUUACUGAUUUACAGAGAUGUGUGUGACUCAUUUGUGGCAGGGUAUGUGGGGAAACAGCUGCACUGGAGGCAGAUAUAACCUCAUUAUUUGAGUUAAACUGAAAUGGGCAGGGUAUUGAGUCAUGAUUAUGGAAUUCAUGAUCAAAGACGGUCAGCAGGUUAGCAGUAGCUUUACUGUGAUACCUGGCUAAAAUGGCUACUUCAUACUUUAAACCUGCAAAGUUUGACAGCAGAUUUAAAUGGUGGUUUCUAGUUUGAUGAGCAGCAAAAUGGUUGUAACUGAGACGUGUUGUUUUUUUUUUUGUGUGUGUAACCAGCAGGAGAAUUAGGAUUUGGAUUCACAUAACAAAAUGGCUACCUCCUCUUUUACCUGAGUUACUCUUUAAGUUAAGGAUACAGGAGGUUUCUCUAACAAGACAAGAUGCUAACAGGCUAGCAUUACCGUUAGCUUCAACAUUACAUGCAUGCACAAAAAAACAGAUAAAUCUAUUCAACAUUAUGUGGAAAAUAUAAAUACAAUUAGUAAAAGGUUGUCAUGCAUUAAAAUAAAAUCAAAUAAGACUUAUAAGGCAAAACCAAGUAGAGCAAGUCUUCCUUAAUUAACUUCUAAUUUCUCAUUUAUUCCAAAGUAUGAGUCCAUACAUCUUUAACUGCAUAAGUGGGAAUUAGCUCACUCACUGUGCUUGAAAGCUGUUUGGCUUCACCAGUUGAGAUUUACAUCAACCAGUGAGAUUAGGUCUACCUUCAGUGCAGCCGUGCGUCAGAGAAAUUGAUUGUAUCUUCGAAUUAUGGGAAAGUACAGAACAUGCUUUCAUGGUAAACUGAGAUACGUGACAAUAAUUUUGUGAAAGGUUAACAAAUGUUUAGGUUGGUCAAAGAUAAGAAGCUUAAAGUUCAUGAUGAAAUCACUCCAACUACAACAUUCUUAGUUAGCAGUGCAUCAUUUCCCCCUCAGCUUCUUCUACAUGUAGUAAGCCCUUCUGGUGAAAAAACAUAUUUCUACUGUGCUAAUCCAUCACUGUGACGGAAAGGGUUGUAAGAAUCCAUUCACUGUCUUUCUUUACCCAUCAUCUUUUUUUCUUGUUUAUUAAUAUUAUAUAGACUUAUCUUGCAUUGUUCUUCUCUGCCCGUGGAUUACCAUAAAGUCUCAAAAAGUGGCCUUUAUUUACCUCAGCUGCAGAUGUAUACAAGUUUAUAUUACUGACAGGCCUUUAUUUCUAUUCCCCGUUUUUUCUUUAAGUAUAUCUCAUCCUAUUUUAGAAUGACGCCUUCUUGUUUCUUGAUUUGCUCCCAAUCUAAUUUGCUCUCGAUACAGUUUGCUGUCAACUCAAAACUUCCUCCAUGUUUAGUUAAAUACUUACUUUAAUUAAAUUUUUAAUAUUAUGCAUUUCCACAGCACUAAUUCGAUCAGUUCCAUGACAAGGUUUUGUUCUACUCACCUCUGAGUUUAAGAAAACUGAAAUAUUGAUCAUCUCCAGUUGCUUUCAUUUUACAUUUGUUGUGCUAGAUUAAGUUACCAUCAAUGAAAAAUAGUACUUCCUGCACCACAAUAAAAGCCUCCCAUUGGCUCAUCAUAGUCCUGGUAGGCUUUUGAUUUGAAACAGGAAGUACAGAGUUUUACUGAGAGUAACUUAACCAUGCUCUGAAAAACAUUAAGUUAAAUGAUUGGAAAUAAUUAAAUGAAUAAGUGAUGUAAUUUAUAAAUAAUUAAUUAAAACAGUAGUUCUUUUAUAAAGAGAAACUCAGAGUAGUAGAGUGGUGACUAUGAUGUUGGUUGUUAUUUGUGACUCUUCCAUUAUUGAAAUACUGGCUUUUAUUUGAGCUUUUAUUUGAGAUUUUAUGGUGUAACAUCCGUAAUGACAAUGCCAAGAAAGGCUGUUUCAUACACUCUGUGGCAUUUACAAUAGUUAAAUUAUUUGACAGAGCUGACCUUUGGAAAAAAAAGGUUUGAGAGUCCAGAAAUGGAGAAACUGUGUUGACUUAUUCGUCUGGUCUGUCGCACAAUUGCCUUAUUUAACCUGCUCUGAUGGGAUAUCAACUCCCACAUAACAGAGGGACAUGCUUUUUUUUUUUUUAAUUACUUUUUUGGGGCCUUUUAUUUAUAGUACAGUACAGAGACAGGAAAUGGGGAGGCAGAGAGGGGGAAUGACAUGCAGCAAAGGGCCGUCCGAUGCAGGACUUGAACCGGGGCCGACUGCAGCGAGGACUGUAGCCUCCACACACGGGGCGGAUGCUCAACCAACUGAGCUACUCGACGCCCCAAGAGCAUUUCUUUAAUAAACUGUCUUACUUAACUUUUUUUCCCAACGGCUAGCUGGUUGACUUUCUGUAGGACAGUGCUUUCCUUCUUUGAUUUUAUUGAAUGAAGUUAUGUAGAAUUCCUGAGAAUACAGCCAUACCCAUAAACCUCAUAGAAAUGCAUUUCUCAUCAUUUCUCCCUAAAAGUGCCUCAGAAAAUCUUUUUUCAUAAUUAUUUCUAACUUCCAGAGACUAUCUGGUCAUUAGGUGCAUAUUUUUUGAACAUGUUGAACAUGAUUAUAGAAACAUUUUAGUGUUUUUGUGAAAACCUGUAAAAUGAGUAACCCCUUGGGCUAACAACUAAAAAAAGGAUGUUAAGAAUACCAUGCAAAACUUGAAAACCUGUUGAUUUGAAAUAUUUCAUUGGAUUUGUGCUUAGAUCAGGUAGUACUUUAAGAGCUGUAAAGUAAAUGACAAAUUUCCACUGCGGACAUUAAUGUGUUAAAAUAUAUUUGUUGACCCCCUCAUUGAGUUUAGCAGCUGCUUUCCUGUGUUGUUAAAGAGAGAGUCAAAGAGGGGAAAUAUCAGAUCAACAAAAAGCAAUAAGCAUUCACUAGAGGAAUAAGCAGGGAAACUGUGUUUCUUGGAGCACCCCCACACACACACACACACAGACACACACACACACACACACACACACACACACACACAGACAAAUUUAUGCUCUUGCCUUUUACAGAAAUCGGUUGUUUUUUAUGAAAUGGAUGUUGUUACAGAUUCCUGAGAAGAGAGAAUUAAAAUUCCAUGUAUGGUUAAGACUGACUAGAAAAAUAUUUCAUCACCAAACUCUGUGAAAGACAUUUGGAGCCGUUCCAGAUGCCUUGCAGCAAACUUUCACCAUGCCGGUUUCCAAACUGUUGUUUUGUUGCUCUCAAAGUGAAUUUUUUUUUAUCUCAGCUGUAAGAGAAGCAAGCUGUGGUGUACCGAGUCAUUCAAGUCUUAAAAUUUGGUAAGAAUGUACAUGUUCGCAUUAGGGCAACAGGAGGAGUAGCGAUUUUUAGAUUGACUCUCCAACUAUUUAUUGCUAUUAUUAUUUUUACAGUGCGUUUUCUUUCUAAUUAUUAAUGAAAAUAUGAUUUUACUGUGUGAAGAUAUCAGACUACUUUGCUGAAUGUUGGCAAAUUAUGUUUUAAACCUCUAACCUUUCAGUUUUUCAUUUUGCAGCCAUUAUGUUAUUUAAAUUUUAAGUGUUUUAUCAACACAAAUAAAAUUCUAUAGCCAGGCCUGCAGCCCUCAAAGAGGCGAGAUCGCACAGCACUAAAUAGCUUUUAUUAUUUUCAGAGUCUUUCCAGUAGUGCCCUAAUAUUCCCUACAUAUUAGUGUGAAUGUAUGGGGUCAUUGAAAUCAUAAGGGCUUGUCCUCUGGGGACCAUGAAUGUGUUUAAGAAAUUAAAUAAAUUGCAGUGCAUAUAUUAAAUUGUAGCUUAUCUUGUGUACAAGGUUGAUAUUUUGCCUUGAGGCUGGUGCUAGAGGAAAUUUGACAUGUAAUGGGUUCAUCCUCUGAGGAGCGUGAAUGUGCUCAAUAGAUUUAAUGACAAUCUGCCUGUUUUUUUAAUGCACGAAUGGAAAUAUUGGCCUGAUGGAAAUGUGAAGAGACCCUGCCCCCUAAUAUAUAAUAUUCAUAUGCAACUCAUUUUCAUUGGCCUUGGGAUUUUUUUGUAUCAACUUUUUGGUGAAAGGUUUAUAUUGAACAUAUCUGUCUAUGCAAUUCAUUUGUUUUCCCUACAAUAGCUAAAGCAUGGUUCAAGUUUUUACGGUUUUGUCCUGGCAAACUUAAAUCAUUUGGUUAAGGAAAGGGAGAUGGCAUUGGUUAAUAAGUGACACUGAAAAAGUUUUUAUUCUUUUUAUUUUAAUAUAUAUUAUAAUUAUCUUAAAUACACAUGUCAGUGAUUUUAAAACAUGCACUUCAGUUUACGCAUCACUACAGGUACAAUUCAGUCAGUGAAACAGCUGUAUAAUGCUGUUUGUUGCUCUGGAAGAUGCUUUCGAAAGUUUCUGAGCUUUAGGCUUUAGAGGUAUGGAAAGAAGUGAGUGGUCUAAUGAGUGCUCUUAAUAGAUGCUAUGAUCAGUUGCAUUAUGGGAAAUGUAGAUCCAGAAUUUUUUGAGUACCAUAUCUUGACUUAGGGUAGGAGACUGCAAAUUUAUGACAGAACACCUGUCUUACAUACUGGGGCUGAGGUGUGAUAGACUUACCAUGUACUGCAGGUCUAAUUAAAGAUGCUAUUUGUUGCAUUGUGGGAAAUGUAGGAUUCUAUGUUUUUACAGCUUAACCCAUCUUGGAGCCUAAAAGUUGGGGCAUCCUGACCUAUGCUUCAAUUUUAAUCAUUCUGUUUUCUAAUCAACCUCUUGUGAGCUCCCAUACUUUAUGAAACUGGAAUACUUAAUUGUUGGAGUGUCCCUUUAACCAAGUGUUUUAGUAGUCCAAACCUAACAUUAUGGGACACACGGAUGUGAACCAUGGUCCCAGGGGUUCAGAGUGCUUUGUACACCAAAUGAUCCACCUGCAUUUACGUAUGUGCUUUUCGAUUUCACUGUGGCAUAGAAAAAUACACAAUCUUGGCAAAACGUAACCUCCAAAACACAUUUGGCAAAGCAAACUGAGACUGUAUAGGGUGAUUAUAUUGUGAGGACGAAGACGCUCUACAAUACUAAGGUUAAGCGUCACUGUCACAUGUUUUGUGCACCCAACCACCCACUCCAGCUUCCCACCUAAAGCUUUUUGCAGCAGUACAUCAAUGUCACGCUACUUCCACUUUUGCUACUGACUAAGCUCCUGUUUUUCUGCUGAGCAGUCUCACAUUUAAGCUUUGAAAGGUGCAGCUGUAGUUGGUUUUAACACAGUACCAUCUGAAUCAUGAAAAGCUUUUUUUUCUUUUUUUUUUAAAAUUAGAUAUUCAAUGUACAAGUCUCUGUAUGAUCUCUCAUUCCUGAGUACUGAGUACUGGUGUCAAACUAUCAGUAACAAUCUCCACAGCAAAAACAGUCCAUGCAGUGUGGAAGUUAAUUUUCCAGUGCCAUUGGUGACAUGAUAUGUUGCAUUUGCCUUUUUGGGUUGAGUUUUUCUGUGUAAUAAUUGUUCUUACUUCAGGGUACAGGAAACAAACUGUAACUAGGUUCUUCUGCAUUUUUAUUUCCUGUAACUGAAAUAUUUCCAAGAAGCAUCCAUUUGUAUCAUUCUCAAAGUUAAAAUUGUCCAUAAAUGCUGGACAAUUUACAACAUUUUUGUACAUAUGGUUACUUUUGAAAACACAUGGCAUUAUUAUGUUUAUUGUAAAAAUAUUUUAUAUGGAAAAUAAACUCUAAUUAUGUUA